CCCGGCCCGGCCCCUCACUGCCCGGCUCUCCCCGCUGAGCGGCCGGCCCGAGCCCCGCAGCCCCCCGCAGCCAUGGCCGAGGGCGGGGAAGGGGAGGAUGAUGUGCAGUUCCUGCGGACCGAGGAUGAAGUCGUCCUGCAGUGCUCCGCCACCAUCCUCAAGGAGCAGAUCAAGAUGUGCCUGGCGGCCGAGGGCUUCGGCAACCGCCUCUGCUUCCUGGAGUCGACCUCCAACGCCCAGAAUGUCCCCCCGGACCUGGCUAUCUGCUGCUUCAUCCUGGAGCAGUCGCUCUCUGUCCGCGCCCUGCAGGAGAUGCUGGCGAACACCGUGGAGGUGGGCAGCGAGGGUGUCGACUUGGACAAGUGGUCUUCACAGGGCGGCGGGCACAGGACCCUGCUCUACGGCCAUGCCAUCCUGCUCCGCCAUUCUCACAGCUCCAUGUACCUGAGCUGCCUGACCACGUCCCGCUCCCUGACGGACAAACUGGCCUUCGACGUGGGGCUGCAGGAGAACGCCUCAGGGGAAGCCUGCUGGUGGACCAUCCACCCCGCCUCCAAGCAGCGGUCGGAGGGCGAAAAGGUUCGAGUCGGGGACGACCUCAUCUUGGUCAGCGUCUCCUCCGAGCGCUACCUGCACCUCUCCACGGCCAGCGGGGACCUGCAGGCCGAUGCCUCAUUCAUGCAGACCCUCUGGAACAUGAACCCCAUCUGCUCGGGCUGCGAGGAAGGGUACGUGACGGGGGGUCACGUCAUGCGUCUCUUCCACGGGCACAUGGACGAAUGCCUCACCAUCUCCACCAGCGAGCAGGGUGAGGAGGAGCGCAGGGUGGUGAACUAUGAGGGCGGCACCGUUUGCACCCACGCCCGCUCCCUCUGGAGGCUGGAGCCCUUGCGCAUCAGCUGGAGCGGGAGCUACAUGCGGUGGGGGCAGCUGUUCCGGGCGCGGCACGUCACCACCGGGCGCUACCUGGGGCUGUCCGAGGAGAAGGGGCUGGUCGUGGUGGACGCCGAGAAAGCCAACACCAAGGCCACGGCCUUCUGCUUCCGCGCCUCCAAGGAGAAGCUGGACGUGGCGCCCAAGCGGGACGUGGAGGGCAUGGGGGCCGCCGAGAUCAAGUACGGCGAGACCAUGUGCUUCGUGCAGCAUGCGGCCAGCGGCCUGUGGCUGACGUACGCCGCCCCCGACGCCAAGGCCCUGCGCCUGGGGCUGCUCAAGAGGAAGGCCAUCCUGCACCAGGAGGGGCACAUGGACGACGCCCUGUCCCUGACCCGGUGCCAGCACGAGGAGUCGCAGGCUGCCCGCAUCAUCUACAGCACCAGCGGCCUCUACACCCACUUCGUCCGGGGCCUGGACAGCCUGAGCGGGAAGGGCAAGGCGGGCGCCGGGGCCGCGAUGCCCAUCGACGGGAUGAUCCUGAGCCUUCGGGACCUGAUCGCCUACUUCCAGCACCCGGAGGAGGAGCUGCGGCAUGAGGAGAAGCAGGGCCGGCUCCGCUCACUCAAGAGCCGCCAGAACCUCUUCCAGGAGGAGGGCAUGAUCACGCUGGUGCUGAACUGCAUCGACCGCCUCAACCUGUACAGCACGGCCGCCCACUUCGCCGAGUUCGCGGGCGAGGAGGCGGCCGAGUCCUGGAAGGAGAUCGUCAACCUGCUGUACGAGCUGCUGGCCUCGCUGAUCCGGGGCAACCGCUCCAACUGCGCCCUCUUCUCCAGCAACCUGGACUGGCUGGUCAGCAAGCUCGACCGGCUGGAGGCCUCCUCCGGGAUCCUGGAGGUGCUGUACUGCGUCCUUAUCGAGAGCCCCGAGGUGCUCAACAUCAUCCAGGAGAACCACAUCAAAUCCAUCAUCUCCCUGCUGGACAAGCACGGGCGCAACCACAAGGUGCUCGACGUGCUCUGCUCUCUGUGCGUCUGCAACGGGGUGGCCGUGCGCUCCAACCAGAACCUCAUCACCGAGAACCUGCUCCCCCGCCGCGACCUGCUCCUGCAGACCAAUCUCAUUAACCACGUCACCAGCAUGCGCCCGAACAUCUUCCUGGGCACGCACGAGGGCUCGACGCAGUACAAGAAGUGGUACUACGAGCUGAUCGUGGAUUACGUGGAGCCCUUCGUCACGGCGCAGGCCACCCACCUGCGCGUGGGCUGGGCCAUGACCGAGGGCUACAGCCCCUACCCCGGGGGCGGGGAGGGCUGGGGCGGCAACGGCGUGGGGGACGACCUGUACUCCUUCGGCUUCGACGGCCUGCACCUCUGGUCAGGUGGCGUGGCCCGCGCCGUGGCCUCGCCCGGCCAGCACACGCUGGCGGCCGACGACGUGGUGAGCUGCUGCCUGGACCUGAGCGUGCCCAGCAUGUCCUUCCGCAUCAGCGGCUUCCCCGUGCAGGGCAUGUUCGAGAACUUCAACGUGGACGGGCUCUUCUUCCCCGUGGUCAGCUUCUCCGCUGGCAUCAAGGUCCGCUUCCUCCUGGGGGGCCGCCACGGCGACUUCAAGUUCCUGCCCCCCCCGGGCUACGCGCCCUGCUUCGAGGCCCUGCUGCCCCGCGAGCGGAUGCGGGUGGAGCCCAUCAAGGAGUACAGGCAGGACGCGGGGAAGGUCCGCAGCCUGCUGGGGCCCACCCAGUCCCUGUCCCACACGGCCUUCACCCCCUGCCCCGUGGACACCCAGCAGAUCGUCCUCCCCCCACACCUGGAGAGGAUCCGUGAGAAGCUGGCGGAGAAUAUCCACGAGCUGUGGGCGCUGACCCGAAUCGAGCAGGGCUGGACCUACGGGCCCAUCCGGGACGACAACAAGAGGCUGCACCCCUGCCUGCUGGAUUUCCACAGCCUGCCCGAGCCGGAGAGAAAUUACAACCUGCAGAUGUCGGGGGAGACCCUGAAGACGCUGCUGGCUCUGGGCUGUCACGUGGGCAUGGCCGACGAGAAGGCUGAGGAGAACCUCAAGAAGACCAAGCUGCCCAAAACGUACAUGAUGUCCAAUGGCUACAAGCCGGCCCCGCUGGACCUGGCCCACGUCAAGCUGACCCCGGCCCAGAACACGCUGGUGGACAAGCUGGCGGAGAACGGCCACAACGUGUGGGCCCGGGACCGUGUGAGCCAGGGCUGGACCUACAGCAUCGUGCAGGACAUCAAGAACAAGCGCAACCCGCGCCUGGUGCCCUACAACCUGCUGGACGAACGGACCAAGAAGACGAAUCGCAACAGCCUGUGCGAGGCCGUGCGCACGCUGAUCGGCUACGGCUACAACAUCGAGCCCCCCGACCAGGAGACCUCGGCCCAGGGGGUGCCCACGGCGCGCUCGGAGCGGGUGCGGGUGUUCCGGGCGGAGCAGUGCUAUGCCGUGCGGGCCGGGAGAUGGUACUUCGAGUUCGAGGCGGUGACCACGGGCGAGAUGCGCGUGGGCUGGGCCCGGCCGGACGUGCGCCCCGACGUGGAGCUGGGGGCCGACGACCUCGCCUACGUCUUCAACGGCCACCGGGGCCAGCGCUGGCAUGUCGGCAGCGAACCCUUCGGCCGCUCCUGGCAGCCGGGCGACGUGGUCGGCUGCAUGAUCGACCUGACCGAGAACCACAUCAUGUUCACGCUCAACGGGGAGAUGCUGAUCAGCGACUCGGGCUCCGAGCUGGCCUUCAAGGACAUUGAGAUCGGAGAAGGCUUCCUCCCGGUGUGUAGCCUGGGCCUGGCCCAGGUCGGGCGGCUGAACCUGGGCCAGGAGGUCAGCAGCCUGCGGUACUUCCCCAUCUGCGGGCUGCAGGAGGGCUUCGAGCCCUUCGCCAUCAACAUGAAGCGCGACCUCAGCAUGUGGUUCAGCAAAAGCCUGCCGCAGUUCUCCCCCAUCCCCCCCGAGCACCCCCACUACGAGGUGUCGCGCAUCGACGGCACGGUGGACAACCCGCCCUGCCUGAAGCUGACGCACCGGACCUUCGGCUCGCAGAACGCGGUGAGCGAGCUGCUCUUCCUGCGGCUCAGCAUGCCCGUGGAGUUCCACGAGAAGUUCAAAUGCACGGCGGGGGCCAUGCCCCUCACCCGCGCCCUCACCAUCCCCGAGGAGGACGUCAAGGACGUGGAUCUCGACUCCGAGUUCGAGGUGCUUCGGAAGUCGGCCGGGCGUAAGGAGGCCGAGGAGGCCGAGAAGGAGAAGCAGGGGGGGCCCCUGCCCAGCCCCAAGGAGCCCCCCAGGACGGAGAACGAGAAGGAUGCGGCGUCGGAGAAGAGCAAAAUCAAGAGAGGCUUCCUGUUCAAGGCGAAGAAGGCCACGUUCAACGCCGCGCCCCCGGCGGUGCCCUCCGUGCAGCGCCUGGAGGAAGACGUGGUGCCCAACGACCGGGACGACCCCGAGAUCAUCAUGAACACCACCACGUACUACCACUCGGUGCGGAUCUUCGCGGGCCAGGAGCCCACCUGCGUCUGGGUGGGCUGGGUCACCCCCGACUACCAUCAGCAUGACAUGACCUUCGACCUGAGCAAGGUGCGCACCGUCACCGUCACCAUGGGCGACGACCAGGGCCACAUCCACGACAGCAUCAAGCGCAGCAACUGCUACCUGGUGUGGGGCGGGGAGUUCGUGAGCAGCGCCCAGCAGACCCGGGUCAGCACCGUGGACCUGGUGCUCGGCUGCCUGGUGGACCUGGCCACGGGGCUCAUGACCUUCACGGCCAACGGCAAGGAGAUCAACACCUUCUACCAGGUGGAGCCGAACACCAAGCUCUUCCCGGCCGUCUUCGUCCUUCCCACGAGCCAGAACGUCUUCCAGUUUGAGCUGGGCAAGAUGAAGAACAUCAUGCCCCUCUCGGCCGCCAUGUUCCACAGCGAGCGGAAGAACCCCGAGCCGCAGUGCCCGCCGCGCCUCGUCAUCCAGAUGCUGACGCCGGUGACCUGGAGCCGCGUGCCCAACGAGUUCCUGGCCGUGGAGACAGCCCGCAUCAGCGACCGGCACGGCUGGAUGGUGGAGUGCGGCGACCCCCUGGUCAUGAUGGCCUUGCACAUCCCCGAGGAGAGCCGGUGCAUCGACAUCCUGGAGCUGUCGGAGCAGCUGGCCCUGCUGACCUUCCAGCAGCACUCGCUGCAGCUCUACUGCGCCGUGUGCGCCCUGGGCAACAACCGGGUGGCCCACGCCCUGUGCAGCCACGUGGACGAGUCCCAGCUGCUGUACGCCAUCGAGAGCCCCCACCUGCCCGGCCCGCUGCGCAGCGGCUACUACGACCUGCUCAUGAGCAUGCACCUGGAGUCGGCCAAGCGGGCCCGGCUUACCAUGAACAACGAGUUCAUCGUGCCCAUGACGGACGCCACCAAGAGCAUCCGGCUCUUCCCCGAGGGCAGCCGGAAGCCCGGCCUGCCCGGCGUGGGCACCAGCACCUGCCUGCGCCCGCCCCUGCACUUCGCCCCGCCCUGCUUCAUCAGCACCAGCCCCGAGCGGUACCAGCUGAGCCCCGCCCUGCCGCUGGAGGCCCUGAAGCUGAAGGCGCUGGCCAUGCUGACGGAGGCGGUGCAGGACGGCGGGCAGCACAGCCGGGACCCGGUGGGCGGCAGCGUCCAGUUCCACUUCGUGCCCGUCCUCAAGCUGGUCUCCACCCUGCUGAUCAUGGGCGUCUUUGGGGACGAGGACGUGCGGCACAUCCUGCGCAUGAUCGAGCCGGCCGUCUUCGGGGAGCCCGCCGAGGAGGAGCGGGGCGAGGCGGAGAAGCCGGAGGAGGAGGAGGAGGAGCAGGGGGAGAAGGCCGGGGCCAAGGCCGGCGAGGAGGAGGCCGAGGGGCUGGAGGAGGGGCUGCUGCAGAUGAAGCUGCCUGAGUCGGUCAAGCUGCAGAUGUGCAACCUGCUGCAGUAUUUCUGUGACCGGGAGCUGCAGCACCGGGUGGAGGCGAUCAUCGCCUUCUCGGAGCGCUACAUGGACCGUCUGCAGAGCAACCAGCGCCAGCGCUACGGGCAGCUCAUGCAGGCCUUCACCAUGUCGGCCGCCGAGACCGCCCGGCGCACCCGCGAGUUCCGCUCGCCCCCGCAGGAACAGAUCAACAUGCUGCUGCACUUCAAGCACGGGGCGGACGAGGAGGAGUGCCUGGUGCCCGAGGACAUCCGCGACGAGCUGCUGGACUUCCACACCGACCUGCUGAGCCACUGUGGCAUCGAGGCCGAAGGGGGAGAGGAGGAGGAGGAGGAGGACAUGUCCCUGCGGCGCCGGCUGAGGACCCUGGUGGAGAAGGUGCUGAGCUUCCGGAAGAAGAAGGAGCUGGAGGAGGAGCUGCCCCCCGAGGAGGAGCCGGCACCCAGCACGCUGCAGGAGCUGAUCUCCCACACCAUGGUGCACUGGGCGCAGGAGUCCUUCGUGCAGAGCCCGGCGCUGGUGCGGGUCAUGUUCAGCCUGCUGCACCGGCAGUACGACGCCAUCGGGGAGCUGCUCCGCGCCCUGCCCCGGGCCUACACCAUCAACGCCGUCUCCGUGGGCGACGCCAUGAGCCUGCUCGAGAGCCUGGGCCAGAUCCGCUCGCUGCUCAUCGUGCAGAUGGGCCCGGAGGAGGAGACCCUCAUGAUCCAGAGCAUUGGAAACAUCAUGAACAACAAAGUCUUCUACCAGCACCCCAAUCUGAUGCGAGCCCUGAGCAUGCACGAGACGGUCAUGGAGGUGAUGGUCAACGUGCUGGGAGGGGGCGAGUCCAAGGAGAUUCGCUUCCCCAAGAUGGUGACCAGCUGCUGCCGCUUCCUCUGUUACUUCUGCCGCAUCAGCCGCCAGAACCAGCGCUCCAUGUUCGACCACCUCAGCUACCUGCUGGGGAACAGCGGCGUCGGGCUGGGCAUGCGGGGAUCCACCCCCCUGGAUGUGGCCGCUGCCUCCGUCAUCGACAACAACGAGCUGGCGCUGGCGCUGCAGGAGCAGGACCUGGAGAAGGUGGUGAUGUACCUGGCGAGCUGCGGCCUGCAGAGCUGCCCCAUGCUGCUGGCCAAGGGCUACCCCGACAUCGGCUGGAACCCCGGCGGGGGGGAGCGCUACCUGGACUUCCUGCGCUUUGCCGUCUUUGUCAACGGCGAGAGCGUGGAGGAGAACGCCAACGUGGUGGUGCGGCUGCUGAUCCGCCGGCCCGAGUGCUUCGGGCCUGCCCUGCGCGGCGAGGGUGGCAGCGGGCUGCUGGCCGCCAUCGAAGAGGCCAUCAAGAUCUCGGAGGACCCGGCCCGGGACGGGCCCACCGUCAAGAAGGACCGCCGGCGGGAGCUGUUCGGAGGGGAGGAGACGCACGAGGAGAACCGGGUGCACCUGGGCAAUGCCAUCAUGUCCUUCUACGCGGCGCUGAUCGACCUGCUGGGGCGUUGUGCCCCCGAGAUGCACCUGAUUCAGGCCGGGAAGGGCGAAGCGCUGCGGAUCCGGGCCAUCCUGCGCUCCCUGGUGCCCCUGGACGACCUUGUCGGCAUUAUCAGCCUCCCCCUGCAGAUCCCUGCCUUUGGCAAAGACGGGAACGUGGUGGAGCCCCGGAUGUCGGCCAGCUUCGUGCCGGAUCACAAGGCGCCCAUGGUGCUGUUCCUGGACCGCGUCUACGGCAUCGAGAGCCAGGACUUCCUGCUGCACGUGCUGGAGGUCGGCUUCCUGCCCGACAUGCGGGCCGCCGCCUCGCUCGACACCGCCGCCUUCAGCACCACGGAGAUGGCGCUGGCCCUGAACCGGUACCUGUGCUCUGCCGUCCUGCCCCUCGUCACCAAGUGCGCGCCCCUCUUCGCGGGCACCGAGCACCGCGCCAUCAUGGUGGACUCCAUGCUGCACACCAUCUACCGGCUGUCCCGCGGGCGCUCCCUCACCAAGGCCCAGCGCGACGUCAUCGAGGAGUGUCUCAUGGCCCUGUGCCGGUGCAUCCGGCCCUCCAUGCUGCAGCACCUGCUGCGCCGGCUGGUCUUCGACGUGCCCGUCCUCAACGAGUUUGCCAAGAUGCCCCUGAAGCUCCUGAACAACCACUACGAGCGGUGCUGGAAGUACUAUUGCCUGCCCACGGGCUGGGCCAGCUGCGGCGUGAGCUCCGAGGAGGAGCUGCACCUCACCCGCAAGCUCUUCUGGGGCAUCUUCGACUCCCUGGCCCACAAGAAGUUCAGGGCGGAGCUGUACAAGCUGGCCAUGCCCUGCCUGUGCGCGAUCGCCGGCGCCCUGCCCCCCGACUACGUGGACGCCAGCUACUGCUCCAGGAUGGAGAAAAGGGCCUCCAUCGACGCCGAGGGCAACUUCGACCCCAAGCCCGUCGAGACCCUCAACGUCAUCAUCCCCGAGAAGCUGGACGCCUUCAUCAACAAAUACGCCGAGCACACGCAUGAGAAGUGGGCCUUCGACAAGAUCCAGAACAACUGGACCUUCGGGGAGACGAUCGAUGAGGAGGCCAAGACCCACCCCAUGCUGCGCCCCUACAAGACCUUCUCUGAAAAGGACAAGGAGAUCUACCGCUGGCCCAUCAAGGAGUCGCUCAAAGCCAUGAUCGCCUGGGAGUGGACGGUGGAGAAGCCCCACGAGGGCGAGGAGGAGAAGACGGAGAAGAAGAAGACGCGGAAGAUCUCGCAGUCAGCCCAGGCAACCUACGACCCCAGCCACGGCUACAACCCGCAGCCCAUCGACCUGUCGGGGGUGACGCUUUCCCGGGAGCUGCAGGCCAUGGCGGAGCAGCUGGCUGAGAACUAUCACAACACCUGGGGGCGUAAGAAGAAGCAGGAGCUGGAGGCCAAAGGGGGCGGCUCCCACCCUCUGCUGGUGCCCUACGACACGCUGACGGCCAAGGAGAAGGCCCGUGACCGCGAGAAGGCCCAGGAGCUGCUCAAAUUCCUACAGAUGAAUGGCUACGCCGUGACCAGGGGGCUGAAGGACAUGGAGCUCGACUCGUCUUCCAUCGAGAAGCGAUUUGCCUAUGGCUUCCUGCAGCAGCUGCUCAAGUGGAUGGACAUUUCGCAGGAGUUCAUCGCCCACCUGGAGGCCGUGGUGAGCAGCGGGCGGGUGGAGAAAUCGCCCCAUGAGCAGGAGAUCAAGUUCUUCGCCAAGAUCCUGCUGCCUCUCAUCAACCAGUACUUCCACAACCACUGUCUCUACUUCCUGUCCACACCCGCCAAGGUGCUGGGCAGCGGGGGCCAUGCCUCCAACAAGGAGAAGGAGAUGAUCACCAGCCUUUUCUGCAAGCUUGCAGCCCUGGUCAGGCACCGGGUCUCUCUGUUCGGCACGGACGCUGCGGCUGUGGUGAAUUGCCUGCACAUCCUGGCCCGCUCCUUGGAUGCCAGGACGGUGAUGAAGUCAGGGCCGGAGAUCGUCAAGGCCGGGCUGCGCUCGUUCUUCGAGAGUGCCUCGGAGGACAUCGAGAAGAUGGUGGAGAACCUCAAGCUGGGCAAGGUGUCGCAGUCCCGCACCCAGGUGAAGGGCGUGGCCCAGAACAUCAACUACACCACGGUGGUGCUCCUGCCCGUGCUCACCUCCCUCUUCGAGCACAUCGCCCAGCACCAGUUCGGGGACGACGUCAUCCUGGACGAUGUCCAGGUCUCCUGCUACCGGACCCUGUGUAGCAUCUACUCACUGGGCACCACCAGGAACCCCUACGUGGAGCGGCAGCGCCCCGCCCUGGGUGAGUGCCUGGCCCGGUUGGCAGCCGCAAUGCCCGUGGCCUUCCUGGAGCCACAUCUGAACACGCACAACCCCUGCUCCGUCUACACCACCAAGUCGCCGCGGGAGCGUGCCAUCCUGGGGCUGCCCAGCUGCGUGGAGGAGAUGUGCCCCGACAUCCCGGAGCUGGAGCGGCUCAUGAAGGAGAUCAGCGGGCUGGCGGAGUCGGGCGCCCGCUACACCGAGAUGCCGCACGUCAUCGAGGUCACGCUGCCCAUGCUCUGCAACUACCUGCCCCGCUGGUGGGAGCGGGGCCCCGAGACCCUCCCCCAGGGGCCCUGGUGCACCCAGGUGACCUCCGAGCACCUCAACACCCUGCUCGGCAACAUUCUCCGCAUCAUCGUCAACAACCUGGGCAUCGACGAGGCCUCCUGGAUGAAGAGGCUGGCAGUCUUCGCCCAGCCCAUCGUGAGCAAGGCGCAGCCCGAGCUCCUGCGCUCGCAUUUCAUCCCCACCAUGGAGAAGCUGAAGAAGCGCUCGGGGAAGGUGGUGGCCGAGGAGGAGCAGCUGCGGCUGGAGGCCAAGACCGAGUCGGAGGACGCGGAGCUGCUGAUCCGCGACGAGUUCUCCGUGCUCUGCCGGGACCUGUACGCCCUCUACCCGCUGCUCAUCCGCUACGUGGACAACAACAGGGCCAAGUGGCUGAUGGAGCCCAACUCGGACGCCGAGGAGCUCUUCCGCAUGGUGGGCGAGGUCUUCAUCUACUGGUCCAAGUCGCAUAAUUUCAAGCGGGAGGAGCAGAACUUCGUGGUGCAGAACGAGAUUAACAACAUGUCCUUCCUGACGGCCGACAGCAAAAGUAAAAUGUCCAAGGCGGGCAGCUCAGAGCAGGAGCGGACCAAGAAGAAGCGGCGGGGGGAUCGCUACUCCGUGCAGACCUCGCUCAUCGUGGCCACGCUGAAGAAGAUGCUGCCCAUCGGCCUCAACAUGUGCUCGCCCACGGACCAGGAGCUCAUCACCCUGGCCAAGGGCCGCUAUGCCCUGAAAGACACCGACGAGGAGGUGCGGGAUGUUCUUAACAACAACCUGCACCUGCAGAGCAAGUGCGAGAACCCCGCGUCCAUGCGCUGGCAGAUGGCCCUGUACCGCGAGAUGUCGGGCAAGGCCGAGGACGCCAACCGGCCCGAGAAGAUCGUGCGGCGGGUGCAGGAGGUGUCGGCUGUGCUCUUCCACCUGGAGCAGACCGAGCACCCCUACAAGUCGAAGAAGGCCGUGUGGCACAAGCUGCUGUCCAAGCAGCGCCGUCGUGCCGUGGUCGCCUGCUUCCGCAUGACGCCGCUUUACAACAUGCCCAGGCACCGGGCCUGUAACAUGUUCCUGGAGAGUUACAAGCUGGCCUGGAUCGUCACGGAGGAGCACGCCUUUGAGGACAGGAUGAUCGACGAUCUGGCCAAACCGGGCGAGGAGGAGGAGGAGGAGGAAGAGCAGGUGGAGAAGAAGCCUGACCCCCUGCACCAGCUCAUCCUGCACUUCAGCCGUACAGCGCUGACGGAGAAGAGCAAACUGGACGAGGACUAUCUGUACAUGGCCUACGCCGACAUCAUGGCGAAGAGCUGUCACAUUGAAGAAGGUGAAGAGGAAGGUGGUGAGAAAGACGAGGAGGAGGCCGAAGGGUCCUUUGAGGUAGGUGAUCCGCUCCCUACCUCCAGUCCUGCCCCAGCCCCUGCCUGUGCUGACCCUUGUGUCUCCACCCCACAGGAGAAGGAGAUGGAGAAGCAGAAGCUGCUCUACCAGCAGUCACGGCUGCACAACCGCGGGGCGGCUGAGAUGGUGCUGCAGAUGAUCAGCGCCUGCAAAGGGGAGCCAGGUGCCAUGGUGUCGUCCACCCUCAAGCUGGGCAUCUCCAUCCUAAACGGAGGCAACAUGGAAGUGCAGCAGAAAAUGCUGGACUACUUGAAGGAGAAGCGGGAGGUGGGUUUCUUCCAUAGCGUGCAGGCCCUGAUGCAGACCUGCAGCGUCCUGGACCUCAACGCCUUCGAGCGGCAGAACAAGGCCGAGGGACUAGGCAUGGUGACCGAGGAAGGAACAAUCAUCCGUCGGGAAAAUGGAGAGAAGGUGAUGGCGGACAACGAGUUCACGCAGGAUCUCUUCCGGCUCCUGCAGCUCCUGUGCGAGGGCCACAAUAACGAUUUCCAGAACUACCUGCGCACGCAGACGGGGAACACGACCACCGUCAACAUCAUCAUCUGCACUGUGGACUAUCUGCUGCGGCUGCAGGAAUCCAUCAGCGAUUUCUACUGGUACUACUCAGGCAAGGACGUCAUCGACGAGCAGGGCAAACGUAACUUCUCCAAGGCCAUGGCCGUGGCCAAGCAGGUGUUCAACAGCCUGACAGAGUACAUCCAGGGCCCGUGCACGGGCAACCAGCAGAGCCUGGCCCACAGCAGGCUGUGGGACGCCGUGGUCGGCUUCCUCCACGUCUUUGCCCACAUGAUGAUGAAGCUGGCUCAGAUGAGCCAGCCGGCCGGACUCCGAAAUGGCGUAAGAACCUGUGUGUGGCACGCGCCAUCUCACGCCCGCGCUCGCCCCGCUCCGCCGCCCACCCUGUCUGCUCCUCUCCUCUCCUCUCCUCGGGCUCCGGCUCUGUGCCCAGUCUGGUCCUCCAGCCUUUUCCCUGGCCCCCUUCCUUGUUCUCCCUUCCCUUCCUUCUUCCCGCUCCCACCCAGGCCAGACCAAACUAACAGCACCAGCCCAGUGCCAUAGACAGCCCCCCCCAGCUUGAUACUCACCACGCCUGCCAGCUCCCCCAAGCUCCCCAGGCCCGAGCCCCCUAACUAAGGCCCUCAGAAAGCCGUUUGAUUUGGCAGGAUUUGGGGAUUUAUUAUUUUCUGAUUUUGUUUUUUUCCAUUUUUGUCAAAAAUUAAUUCCGUCUUGAUGGGGGUUUUUUUUUAAAUCCGAACAGCUUGGUCCAUUGACAGCAAUUAGGGAGCCUUACGAUAAAGGCGUAAAGUCAGUCGGAAUUGGAGGGCGACGGGAAACCCUGAUUUUACAAAAAAUAAACCGUACGAUUGAAACGAGACCUCCUGCCGCUCCGCAGCGCAGGGUGACGGUGACCCCGUUCCCGAUCCCGUUCUGCAGGAGCGCUCGGGAAUAUGGCCACACCGAUGCCGCUGAAUAGUAACACUGUGUGUGUGUGUGUGUAUUGGGGGAGUGUGUGAGGGCGGGGGACACCCCGACUUCAGCCUCUCCCCCCAGCUCUGCACGGCACAAUAGAUCAGGGGGCCCCGAUCCGGAGCAGCUUGACUGUCUUAAGCAUGGCCGCAGGUAGCUCAGCCGUGCAGCCCCCCUGCCCGCCCCAGGGGUCCCAGUGCCCGGGAGAGCUGGGCUCCGCGACUCCAGGGGGCUUUCAUAGGGCCCCACAUAACGAUGUCCCUCCAGACUCCCAGGUGGCCCCACCCCCACCUACUGCUUUCGGACCCAGUGUGGGCAGAGGGGUCUGACCCCCGUGGGUUAUCCCACCCUGAGUCCCUGAUCUAGGGCGGGUGGCCCAUAGCUGAAUGGGGGGGGGGUGUCCCCUGGUCACACCCCUGCAGCUGGGGGGGCGAGGCGUAGGUGCCAGCUCAUGGGAUUUCCCUGGUGGGAGCAAGGCCCCGCCCUUCCUGGGCAUGGGUGAGGCUACAGUUGCAUGGGUACUGUAAUCCCUCUAGGAGAGCAAGGGGGGAAAUAGCCCCCUUCCCGAGCCUGGGGGGGUGCCUGGGCGCCUCCCAAAAAAGUGCAGGGGGUUGGUCUGGCCUGGGUCCCCCCCCAUCUGGCACAUCUCCUGCCUCCCGUGUAACAAUCUCCCCCCGCUCCUCCAUCCCCCCGGUAUCUGGCGAGCAGGCUGGCGCCGUGCUUGGCUGGUGCUUCUGUUUGCUCUGAGCUCUGGCGGGAGGUCCCGCGUUCUGGUGGUGAUCUCUAGCGGGUGCUGAUGGGGGACGACGGCGGCGGCUGGACUGGCUGUGCCCCCCCUCUCCCCCGAGUGCGCCAGGAAAAGGGCCUCCUCUCCAGGAGCGUGUGGCUGGUGCGGGAUGGGAACCCCACCCCCUCGGAGCAGCCCGACGCGCGUCACCAGGCGUGCGCGUGCCAUCGCACGCACGUGCGCACGCAGUCCCGCAGGCCAGUGCACGCCAACGUAGAACGUGGUUCGACAGGGCCACGCAUCGCACAGGCCGCUGACCUGAGCACCCGAGAUCACAUGCAGACGCACACGUGGGCUCACACCUGCACCUACGCACAAGAUCUUGUGCACACGCCUCAGAUCACAUGCACAAGAGCGCGUGUGCAAGAUCUCGUUCACACGCAAGGACGUGCCGCACGAGAUCGCAUGCCCACACGAUCACACGCCUGACGGCUUGCACGCACACAUGAGCUCUCGCACACCCACAUGUGCACACGCACAAGGGGGACAUGCAUGCAAUCCCAUGCACGAGGGCUUGCGCACUUGUUCCUCCCUGGGGCCGAAGUGGGGGGCGAUCUCCCCUGCCCGUAUCCGUGUGGUAGUUUGGGUUGGAGGGGGUGGAUCUCUGCGCCCUGUCUUGGCUCCCCACCCUAGAGCAAGCUGCGGGGGGG